AUGGCCCCCUCUGGAAGCUCUCGACGAGCGCAAUCGCAAUGGCCUCCAGCGCCCUGCGUUGAGGAAGAGCCCCAGUCUCUCUCAAAGGAGCUAAACGGUCUCUCCAAGCUCGGAGAUAAACCGGGGGUUGACGGUGUUCAUACAAGAGGGGCUGUCAAUCAGUAUCCCAUCAUAGUCUACGCCAGCUCGCCCCCUCCACUGUCUACCUCCCCCGCCAGUGUUCCCAGUGUGCCUGAACUCGGGAGUGCAUCUUCGGAUGAAAGUUCAGGGCCAAUGACACCACCUCCUCAAGAGCCGACCUUCCGGAAUACCGUCAGGUUUGCGACGGAUGAAACGCCAAAACGUACGCUGCCCUCAAUUGCAAGCCAACCACGCGGCCCACCAUCUCGGCCCCUCGCUCAACAACAGCCCACCCGAGAUCUUAAUACACAGCGGGAGCCCCAACCACCAUCUCAUCACUGGAAUGGCAACUCUAGCAGACACAUGCCACCAACUCAAAAAAAGUCUGGCUCCCGUGGACCGAUUGCGCCGGAUCGCAGUGGUGAUCAAGCUCCCAUGCAUGACAAGGACUAUGUACAGCCAGUCAAGACAUCCAUUGAUCGAUCGAACAGUGUUAGACAAGUCCCUUCAACAACACGACAAAUGAAAGAAUGUUUUCGACGCGAGCCUAGCUCGGGAUACUUGUCCGAUUCGACCAUGGCCACCACAUGCAACAGAUCACCCUCAAAUCAGCCCCAGGUGCCUGUUUCCACAGCCCCUAGAUCAGCUCUGCCAAAUGGGCCCACCAUCGCAGAACGAAUUGAGGAGAAACUUCGCCAACGACAAGAGCAGCGGGACCUGGGGACUCUGUCGGCCCCGAAGGCACAGCGAAUGCCCACAACUGCGAAGCCUGUUAAACCGAGUCCUCUCAACACCUCUCUGCCACCUCCACCUCCACCUCCUGAUCCUGCCUCUGCUUCGGUAUCACACCCCCCUUCGCGUGCGCCUCAGCCUGUCCCUGCCCAGCGAACACAGCAGGAAGUGCCCCCUGCCUCGCGUGCCCGCGCGACAUCAGUAACAGUGCCCCCCACGCGGUCGAUGUCUGCAUCUCGCUAUUCCUCACGACCAUCGUCUGAGGUUACCAAGUCUACAUCAACUCAAAUUGCAACUCAACUCAACCCCGACGGGUCAUUGGCUCACCCCGCACCUCCUAGGCCCUCAGGCACAUCACCACAGCGCCCCGACUCAGUCGGUCUGGGCCUCUCUCCAUGCCCACGAACCAUCGCCGUAGCAGGCUACCAAGACUGGUAUACGCUCAAAGGCCUCACCCACCUGGACAUCUGCCCAUCCUGCAUGAGUCAAAUCGCGCACUCCCGCUAUUGCGACUACUUCAUCCCAAGCCUCUCAAAACCAGCCGGGCAAAAGACACGAUGCGCCUUCGCCAACGCAUGGACCCGUCUCGCAUGGACCCAGAUGAUUAAAAAGCAACACGACAGCCUAGAGCUCCUGUACCAAAUGACACGCCCACCUCCCGGCACACGCCCCUGUUCAGGCCGCAUCGUCGCUGAACAAUACUGGCACCGCAUCUACGACCCCAAAACCGGCAGCGACCUCUCGGGCUUCCACGUCUGCAGUAGUUGCGCGCGCAAUAUCCGCAUCCUCAUGCCCUGUCACCGUGAAACUUUCCAACCGAGCUCAGAGCCCACGGAGCGUGUCUGCGAUUUCGUCACAUCCAGUCCGCGGUUCGUGAAAUUCAUCGAUCUCCUCGAUGCAUCUGCCUCCUGUGCUGAAUCUGACUCCUCAUGUACUCGCCGUCCGGAUACGCGUGAGUUUCUCACCUACGCGCGGCGCAAGGUCAUGCUGCGUGAUUGUCGUCGUGAUAGGCCUGCUCUUGGUACGUGGCACUUUAUCCCAUCGCUGCCAGAGAUGUGUGUCUGCGAAGACUGCUACGAUGAGGUUGUCUGGCCUCUGGCAAGAUCGAAUCAUCCUAUUGCAUGCAUGGUCACGACGAAAUUGCGGAUCUUGCCUGGUGAUGGGCCUGGUCGGACCCGUGAGGCGAGCUGUCAGCUUUACUCGCCGCGCAUGCGGGCGAAGUUCCGGGAAGCAGUUGUGCGGGAUGAUUUGGAGUUGUUGCGGUCUGUUGCGCAGAGGAGGGCUGAGGCUGAGAGGCGGUUUCUUGAUCGGAGGGAGGAGCUAUUGAUUGCUCAGUCGAAGGGGUAUAAUUGUGAUGAGGAGAUGAGGAAGGCUGUUGGUGAAUGGAGAAGGUGGGAGUGA